ACCUCCAGAGAUCAACCCAUACGACCACCGAGGAUACAAUCUGUAGCUAACUAGCCAUGUCGAGCCAUAGAUCUUGUGCCCUGGUUCUCGCCUGCGCCGCUCUCAUGGCGGCGGUGGCCGGCGCCACGCAGUACAACGUCGGCGGCGACAAUGGCUGGGCCGUGCCCGGCGCCGGUGCUGAAUCCUACAAUACCUGGGCAGAGAAGACCGGCUUCCAGAUCGGCGACCAGCUCCUGUUCGUGUACCCCAAGGACAAGGACUCGGUGCUGCUGGUGCAGCCGGCCGACUACAACGCCUGCAACACCUCCUCCUACGACAAGCAGUUCAGCGACGGCAGCACCGUCUUCGACCUCGACCGCGCGGGCGCAUUCUUCUUCAUCAGCGGCGUCGACGCCAACUGCCGCGCCAACGAGAAGCUCAUCGUCAUGGUCUCCGCAGCCGCCGCCGCAAAGGGCGCUCCAGCGCCGAGCCAGGGCUCGCCUACAACGACUACUCCACCGCCAUCUCCUCCCUCAAGCAGUGACGCCGGCGGUGCCGCACAGUCUCCGCCUUCUUCCCCCAAAACUCCAGCCACGCCAAACGCUCCGGCUGGCGCCAGUAACUCCACGGCGGCCAAGGGCACGCCUCCUGGAGCAGCCAACGGCGCCGGUCUCACGGUGGCAGGCCUCGCUGGCUCGUUCGUGGCAUGGGUUGGAUACGCCAUGCUUGCUUUUUAGUGCUGCAUUGCAAAAGUGAUCUAGCACCGGCCGGUCUUUUACGUUUUAAAGGGCGAAAUGAGCUUUGCACUGUAAAGGCAAUGUGUCUUUCUCCUAGAAUUCUUUUCCGUUUGGAUCAAUGACAAAUGCAAUAUGACUGUUUCAAAAUGAAAUACUAAUAAACACACGAUA